CAAGAAACAUGCUGGCUGUGUCCAUCUCAUGCGACACUGUCACUUAAUAAUACUUCGCAAGUAAUUUCUGACGGAAAGUCUUUUUUUAGGAGCUCAGUUUCUGUUUGAUGACCAGCAAUGAGGAAUUAUAUGACAUAACAUUACACAGAAGUGUAGUGGCGUGAUUAUGUGCUUGAGUCUGCAUAAAUGCUGCAGAUUAUGACUUCUCCGGACUGAAUUAUUACAAAUCUCAUAACUCCCUGCAUGAAGAAUGGCUGAACAUCAGAUUGAUGAUCCCAAGAUUGCAUUUGCAUAUCUCCGUCCAUCCUGUGUGCUCCUGACCAAAGAACCUACAGCCGCUAAUGUAAAGACUGUCAGCGGCCACCUCCGCAGUGUUAGCUAUGGAGCUCUCCAACAGCUCCAGGACUAUGUCCUCUUUCCUCUCAGAUUUGUCCUCAAAACCCCUGGCUCCAAGCGCGAGGGUCUUGUCCAGGCGGUCAUGGAAACCAUGACUUAUGUCCUGGAGAACACUUGCGUUCAGAGUUGGCAGUCUCUGCAAGAUCUUUUCUCUGAGCUGUGCCUUUGUCUUUGUUCCCCUAAAGACCCGGGAAAGCCUGGCGUGACUUCAGAGGAACUCAAACUGGCCGUCCUGAAGUGCCUGGACACCCUCCUGCACUCUGCAUAUGGUGACAUUGUUUUUAAGCUCUAUGACCCGAGCAUGUUGCCUGGACUUGGAGCGGCCGUGUCAUUACUGCUUGCACUCACAGAGCAGGAAAAAGCCAGAGGAGUCCAGACAGCUGCACUGAAAUGUCUCCUGUCUCUGUUUCUACAGUGCGAUUGCUCGCAAGAACACAUUGAGCCAGGACAGGAAGAGAGGUAUCUGCUUGGUUGUGCCUUAGCCACAUUUCUGCCUGGCAUCUCUCGUGCCUUGAGCCUCGUGAUCAGUGGAGAUGUCAGACAGGGGCAUGUGGUUACUGUAAAGGCCAUGAGGGUUUGGUAUAGAGCUGUAGGUCUAGUAAUGGCCGACGAGCAGCUUCAGAUAACGGAAGCAAAGGACACAGCAGCCGUUGAGAUGGGGAGGGUUGAGAAACUCAUUGUGAAGAGGACUCCGUCUUGGUGCAAGGACACAUCCAAGCGUCUCUCAAUGGUCCUACAAAAUAUUAUUUCCUGUACUUCUGCGCACCCACACUGGAAAGUGAGGCUUGAGUUAGUGAAUAUGUCCCAUCUCCUUCUCUCUCAGUGCAGCCAGUCUGUAGGUGAAUGUAUCGGCCCUCUACUGGAAGCAUUGGUAGGUGCCAUCAACGAUGACGAGCCCAACGUUAAAAACAGGUGUAACACAGUUUUGAAUGAGGUGGCGCAGAAAAGCCAAGCCACCGGUGGGCAGGACUUUACUGACAUUCUGUCUGAAAACCUCCACAGCUUGGCGUCAUCCUUACCUCGUCUCAUGAGAACUACAGAUGAUCAACGCAAGCUCUUCCUUCUUAAUGUGUUCCUGGGGUACCUCAAGAUUCUUGGGCCCAAAGUGGACUCUGUACUAACUUCAGCAGUACAUUUGGAGCGCAUCUCCAAAGCACUGAUGCAAGUAUUGGAGCUGGAUGUAACAGAUGUAAAGAUCAUCGAGGAGAGAACUCUUAUUCCUUUAACAAACCUAGGACCUGACAUGCACCAAAUGCAACCACAGAAGAAAUACUUCCUCUUCUUCACAGAUGACAAGAUAUUCUCGGCACUCUGUAAGAUCUGCCGGACGUUGGGAUACUACGGGAACCUCUAUCUUCUUGUUGACUGCUUCAUGGAAUUGUACAAGGAGUCCUCUGUUUACAAGAAGCAAGCUGCUUUGGCUCUCAACGAGGUCAUUGUUGGUGCUGCAGGCAUUGGUCUGGAGACCGACAAUUCCAGAAUGGACUACAUAGGAGUUAGUCAGUCCACACCUUCUAGAACAAGUAAAGAGGACUUGAGAUCUUCCAUCGUUUCCAUCAUUGAGGAAUACAUCAGUUUGGGUAACUGGCAUCUCCCUACAGUUUCCGAGGCAGUGGACAAUGAGACUCAAGCAAACUUGGAGUCUACAGCCUCCUUAUUGCCCCAUCCAGAAAGAAACUCUUUGCAGAUACUUCCAACAUCCAAAACACCAACUCUCCACCAACUGAACGGCAACAUCUGGCAAAUCUGUAUCCAGUUAGAGGGCAUUGGAGGUUUCGCCCUUGCUUUGGGCACAGACUUCCGUUUGCUUCUAAUGACAUCACUUUACCCUGUGCUGGAGAAGGCCGGGGAUGAGUCGCUUCUUGUCAGCCAGUCGGCCUACAGCGCCAUUUGCGACCUCUGUAAGGCUUGCGAUUACAGUUCGCCCAAGGAACUGGUCAUCCAGAACUCUGACUACCUUCUUAAUGAUGUUUCUCUAAACUUAGCCAGACCCAGCAUUCACCCUCACGCUACGAGAGUUCUUGCAGUCAUGUUCACUCAUUCAGAUGCAAGUCUGCUGCCCCUAGUGGCUGAUGUGGUGCAGGACGUGUUAACGGCACUUGAUCUUAGCUAUGAGCAGAGAACGCCACAGUUCUGCACUGUGUUGCAUUCACUCAUGAAGGCACUUGUGAGAUGGUUUCCCGCCAAUAUUGGACACCAGAUGCCGCCCAACAAAGAGACCCAGAGGAAAGACUGUUUGAGCCUGAGGCAGUUUCUUCUUGACUAUAAAAAACAAAAGGAGCUUGCAGAAGGCAUUGGAAUCGAGGAGGAAGAUCCUGAUGGUCUAGACAUCCCUCCAUCAGCAUCCACUUCUGAGGAGGACAUGGACGGCCCUGAUGUGAAAGAGGAACUUCCACUUCAUAUACAAAUUGCAAAAGACGUCAUGGAGCGAUGCAUCCACCUGCUGUCCGAUUCCAACCUUAGAACACGACUCAAGGUGUUGGACAUCUUGGAGUUGUGUGUGUGUGUUUUAUGUGCGAGAGAGAACGAGCUUCUUCCCAUGGUGCACCGGUGCUGGCCUGCUCUCCUCCACCGUCUCACCAACGAUGAUCCUCUCGCUGUACCACGAGCUUUCAAGGUGUUGUGUGUUCUGGGCGAGUCGUGUGGCGAUUUCCUCAGGAAACGGGUGUCUAAAGAGGUCCUGCCGCGUAUCACCUCCUCUUUGAUCAAACAGUCAGAGAUCAGUGCUCGUUCGGGGGCCGUCUACACACACACACUGGCCUACAAACUCCAGCUCGCAGUGCUGCAGGGUCUCGGGCCUCUGGGUGUUAAACUGGAUUUGGCGGAGGCCGAUCUGGAUCGAAUUUUUGAUGCUUGUCUUCCUUACCUGAGCUGCCGUCAGCCAAUUAAACUGCAGGAGGCGUGUCUCAGUGUUUUCCGGCACCUGAUGAAGCUGGAUGCGGAUGCGUGCUGGUUCACUCUGAACGAACUCUUCUGUCCCGUCGUGUACGAACCGCCUCAUCCGCUUCUACUGCCCGUGACACUGAGCGGAUCGGACAAGCCAAGAAAUGAAUUCACAGACAAUGUCCUGAAAUUACUGCAGCAGUUUAAUUCCCCGCUUGAGAGCAUAUAGGGCUCUGGUGAUUUUAAAAUAAGAGGGGUAAAUACAUGAGUGAUUAGGUUAUGACACUUCAAACCUGCACUACAACAGAAGGACUUGUAAUCAGAUUUCGUGAAGACUGUUUUAUGUACAGAAAUGCUUGUGUGAUACAGUGAAUGUUCUUGUAGGCUUAUCGAUCAGUGGCAAUUGUAACUAGACAAAUACAUGCAACACUGGCUUGACAAAGCAUUGUAUAAAAGUUGUAAAUCAUUUUAAAUGCUUGAAUUUUGAAGGUUUUGCAGGUCCGACAGAAAAGGCCAGAGAGAUAUAUGCGUCUAUGCAAGGCUACAGUAUUUUUGGCCACUUUGAAGGUCAGAUGGAGGAGAACUGAAAGUCUGAUUAGUUAGAAAAGAGACGGGACACUAAGUCAGAACAGUCUGAAGGGCUGUACCAAGUUUGUUGGUUGUAUCUUAAGGGAUAUAUCGUGAGGUAGUUGGAAUACCAAGCAUAGUAAUUGUUUUUGACAAUAAACAAGUGAAUAAAGUACAAGAAAUCUGCCCGUACAGUGAGGCAAAAUACUGCCGUCUCACCGAGGCACGGACUCGACAAGACUCCUGAAGGUGUCCUGUGGUAUCUGGCACCAAGACGUUAGCAGCAGAUCCUUCAAGUCCUGUAAGUUGCGAGGUGGAGCCACCAUGGAUCGGACUUGUUGGUCCAGCACAUCCCACAGAUGCUCAAUUGGAUUGAGAUCUGGGGAAUUUGGAAGCUAGGGCAACACCUUGAACUCCUCAUCAUGUUCCUCAAAUCAGAGAAUACUAUUGCCAUGAAGGGGUGUACCUGGUCUGCAACUAUGUUUAGGUAGGUGACAUAUGUCAAAUAGAUGUCCACAUGAAUGGUCGGACACACUCCCUCCACCGGCUUGUUGUCUUCCCACAGUGCAUCCUGGUGCCAUCACUUCUCCGGGUAAACGGCACACACGUUUACUCCAUAAGAUGUUGGUUAAUGGAGAACAAUAACUUUGUGAGAAACCGUCAGUUCCCCUCUGGCUAAACAGCAUGAAUAUCAUGUAAAUAUGAGUUAUUUCAGUGCUGUGCAAGUAUGAGGACAUUGUGGCCCAAAGACAAACAAAGUAGUGGACUGUGGGAUCUUCUACUGCUUAUUUACUGUACAUAGGAAAGAUGACCACUGAGAGAAAAUGUUUGUGAAAGUCAUAAUCAACCACUUUCAUAUUGUCCUUAAAAUGCAAAUCAACCAAAAUCAAACAUAAAAAUAUCUAAUAGUGUAAAAAUACUGUUAUAGCUAUAGUGAAGUAUAAAUGGGCUGACUAUCAAACAAUAGAAAUGUUUUUCUACAGAAGCAGAGAAUUCAUCAUUUCAAAGUUUUGGUUGCCAUCCAUGCCAGAGAUCAGGAAGACUACGCAGACUUCAGAGGAUGACAUUUAUUUGAUUAAUAUAAAACAGAAAUGUAAUGUCACUCUUUGGCGUAAGCCCCGUCUGGCGGUCUGAAGAAGUUGUACCCGGAACCGUCAUAUCCUGCCGGAGAUAGGAGGCAGGGGCGAGGAGCCUACCCCUGUGCAGGACGGGACUCAACAGGUGGUGGUGGGGUGGUGGAGGUUGCCGUGUUAGCACACUGAAACAGCAAUGUGAUAGAUUGUGAGCAGACUUAUAAAGCAUUGGCUUACAUGUGAUUGGCUGGGAGUUACCUAGCUAAUGGUGGGAUGAUGUACAGCUGUUAGUCUUCCCGCUAGAACUACGCUGCGCUCACAUUUCUCAUCCAUCUGAAGGCUCUCUGGAACCACAAUACAUUGUCCUGUCACAAACCUUGCUUAGCUGAACUGUCGGAGAUCUGACACAUGAAGCUUGUAUCCGCUUCAUUUUCUGCAGUGUAUUUUAGCGAAAGAUGCCGGUAUCCAGCUAUAUUGCUGCUGAGGGGUGGACUGGCCGUUGGGAGCACUGGGCGGUUUCCCGGUGGGCCGCUGGGUAAUUUGGGCCGGCCUAUUGUUGCGCGAGUAUCAUAAGGAACUAAUAAGCGAUACAGGCAGCCACCUUGUGCUCCAUGCGUGGACGUGUUUUUAAAAUGUCAAUUGGUAUUAUUAGUUGACUGCCACAUUAUUGUCUUCAUUGUGAAACUAUGUUUUCUUAAUGGCAUGAAUCACACUGAAGGCCCAGACUUAAAAUGCACAGGCCGCCACUGUCUUUGAAUAAUCACAAAAUGACAAAUAACUGCAAGUUACAACAAAUAAAAUAACGGCAGUGUAUAUAAAAUCUGCAAACAGUAAUGCUAUGAGCAGUGCAUAGUCAUUUGUAUAAUUUAUUCAUAACACAGGGAGCUGAAGUGCAGCUUGUUGAAUAAUGCUCUGAUAAAAAUGCAGAAAAUAAGUCAUGAAAAAUAUUAUUUUGUGUCUAUUUGAGGCUUACUUUGUUUAAAGUGUAGCAAAAACAGCACUUGUAAAAGCUUGUAAAAUUUCACUUUUUCUCAAGAAUAAUCUGGGGAAGGAAUUAAAGAUAUAAAGAUGCAACAAACUCGCAUAAAAUAUGAGCAAUUA